AUGAGCAACCGACCCAAAAGGUUCCUCACCGCCAUAAUUGUUGCAUUAGUUUGUGCCACUGUCGGUGCAGUUGUCGCAACUGGAAUGUCUGCAGCCAACUCUAUUACUGUCCAAAAGCUGGAUAUGGAAAUCUAUGCGCUAAAGCAACACAUUAACGAUAUUCAUCAGGUGAUAAACCAGCAAAGAACACUUCUCCAAGAUGUGUUAACUAUUGUGGAAGACACAGUUGUUACAACAAAGUUGCAUUCGGAGUUAAUUGCCAAAUCCACUGAGUUGCACCAAAGUCAUGACUUAUUUAAGAGUGAACUUCUAUUUCUGCAUGACCCAAUAUUGUUCCACACACUUGCUUUUCUUGCCGAAGUGCAAACUGGAAUGAUUGAAUUGGCAGGGGGACGCAUACCUCCGUAUUUUGUAUCCAAGGAUAUUGUUCAUGCGAUGCUUGCCAAUGUGGAUGGAGAAACAAUUGAGCCUAUGCAAUUAAAUCUGGCCUUUGAGAUAGGGAGCGCUAUACCUCUCUUAAUUGAUCCAGAAUGUAUGGAGAUUUGCUUUUUAUUGACCAUACCAUAUGUAACUCCCAAAAACAUUUUUCAAAUGAAAAUAAUGUACUAUGUUAAUUCCACGCACGGGCCUACGUCAGUAGAAAUGAUGUGA